AUGGGCAAACAAGCCGACUCUCCAACCUCUUCGCCUCUUUCCAGAGAGCUAUCGCCACUGUCGCGUACUUUGACCGAAAGCACUGGUAAAAGUUCAGCACAAACCGAUUCGAAGGACAAGAACGACUUCAAAAACAAGAGCAAACGGUCCAAAAGUGUUUCGCAUCUGGCAGACCGCAACAAGAUUUUGGGCAGUAGAAUGACACCACUGGUGGACAAUAAACCACCAAUUUACAAGGAGGAAGAUGUAGACUCCAAUUACGACUCAGACUAUGCCGACACCCCAGAACAAGCAUUCCGGAGGCUCUCUGUAGGUUCCAACGACAUGAGGCGCGCUACCUCGCAUGCCCAGCUUUCUUCAACUGCGCAUGGUAUGCGGCUAUUGUCCAAAGACAUUCAAAAAUCUAUGGUUGUUUUGCAAGUUCGCAAACUCAUGAUCGUAACUAAGAAACAAGAUAGCUCACUGGUGUAUCUAACGCGAGAAAUGGUUGAAUGGAUCUUGAUUAAUUACCCCGACAUUGAAAUUUAUGUCGAUGAGUCUGUUGAAUGUUCAAGUAAAUUUGACACCAAAGGCAUCAUUCGAGACAGCAGAUGUGGAUCCCAUCACAUCAAAUGCUGGACUCCGGAAUUUGUUGCUAAAAAAGACAACUUUUUUGAUUUGAUCAUUACUUUGGGCGGCGAUGGGACAGUGUUAUACGUAUCUUCACUUUUCCAGAGGAGCAUCCCUCCUGUUAUGUCGUUUUCAUUGGGAUCUUUGGGAUUCUUGACUAAUUUCAAUUACGAAAACUUCAGACAGUCCUUACCGAGGGUCUUGAACUCUAAAAUCAGAAGCAAAAUGAGAAUGAGGCUGUCAUGUCGGGUGUUCCGCAAACGCAAAACCAAUAAAGACGGUUCUCGUUCCAAGAAAAAGUUCACCAUGAUCGGCGAGUACCACGUUUUGAACGAGCUGACAAUCGAUAGAGGUCCUAGUGCAUUUAUAUCGAUGCUUGAGGUCUUCGGUGAUAACUCUUUGCUUACGGUUGCUCAAGCUGACGGUUUAAUUAUUGCCACUCCCACAGGAUCUACUGCGUACUCUUUAAGUGCAGGCGGUUCUUUAGUCUAUCCCAGCGUUAAUGCUAUCGCGGUGACUCCCAUCUGCCCCCAUACUUUAAGUUUUAGGCCUAUUAUUCUGCCUGAUAGCAUGAAGCUCAAAGUCAAGGUUCCUAUGAAUUCAAGAGCCACUGCGUGGGCGGCUUUCGACGGAAAAAAUCGCGUAGAGUUGUUCAAGGGCGAUUACAUCUGCAUUACUGCAAGUCCGCAUUCGUUCCCUACGCUCGAAUCUAGUCCCACAGAGUUCAUUGAUAGUAUUAGUAGGACUUUGAAUUGGAACGCCCGUGAGCCACAGAAAAGUUUCGCACACAUGCUAUCCCAGAAGAAUCAAAAGAACUACGUGAGCGAUACCGAAAAACAAAAACAAGAUCUACCGGAAGUUCGUGCGCCUUCAGAGGACGAGGAAGACUUUGAUGAUACAACGGACUCUGAGUCUUUACACUUCAGGCCAAAGGCUGCUGGCGCCGCUGUAGCUCCGAAGCUAAAGCCAAACUUCCAGUUAUAG